AUGGAGACUGCUAGUGAACUGGUGCGUAGUGCCGUUGACUACGUGGUGCAAUGGGACAAGGACACGCAGCUGACGAGCGAUGUACAGCUGAUUCGCUUCGUGCUCGGAAGAGCACUGAAGCAUAUCUACAACAUGGCGAAGGGAAGGGUUCACUACUGGUAUGUUUUCGAGUCGACGGUGACGAAGUACGCGGAUCACAGGGCGCUGUGCUUCGCCAGACCCACGGGUCUGGCUGGUGACGAUGGCUUCGUGAUGGAGGAGUACACCUAUGGCGAGCUGUACGAGAUGGUGCUACGCCUCUCUGAGAUACUGGCACAUCGCUACGGCGUGGAGCCGGGAGAUACCGUUGGUAUCGACAUGACGAACAAGCCCAUGUUCAUCGUGUUUUGGUUUGCCCUGUGGAACGUGGGCGCAGUGCCUGCGUUCCUCAACUACAACAACACCGGUGCUCCCCUGUGCCACUGUAUAGAGGUGUCGAAGAUGCAACGCGUGUUUGUUGACCCUGACUGUGCUCACAAUGUUGAGAACAGCGAAGCCAUGAUCCAGCAGCGGUGUCCAGGCGUUGCGAUCCACUACGUGGAUGAAGAUGCGAUUAUGAAGGAGAUUAAGGAUCCCAAUAGCAUACGAUUCAGGCUGGAUGACACCAAGAGAAGCGCCAAUGAGAAGGACUAUCAGCCAGGUGCUCUGAUCUACACGUCAGGCACCACAGGACUGCCUAAGUCUGCGAUUAUGAGUUGGAGGAAAGCAGGCUUCGGCACCAGUCUCUAUGGACACAUCGUCCAACUCGACAGCAACAGCACGGUGUUCACGUCGAUGCCGCUGUACCACUCAACGGCUGCGAUGCUGGGGGUGUGUGCAGCUUUCAACAACGGCGCGUGUGUUGCUCUCAGCGUGAAGUUCUCAACAUCGACGAUUUGGACACAGGUGAAGCUGACCAGGUCCACGCAUUUGCAGUACGUUGGUGAGGUUUGCCGUUACCUGCUGAACUCGCCUCAUCAUCGAGAUGAAAGAAACCACGAUCUGAGGGUUGCGUACGGAAACGGACUACGUGCUGAUAUCUGGCGUGAGUUCAAGGAGAGGUUUGGCAUUGCCGCCAUUGGCGAGUUCUACGCUGCUACUGAGUCCCCAAUCGCACUCACCAGCUUCCAGCAGGGCGACCGUGGUAUCGGAGCCUGUAGAAACUAUGGUAAACUCAUCAACUUCAUCCUCCAGUUCCAACAAACCAUCAUCAAGAUGGACCCUGAAGAUAACAGCGUUGAAUGGAGAAACGCCAAAGGGUUCUGUGAGGUUGCCAGUGUCGGCGAGCCAGGAGAGCUGUUGAUGAACAUCUUCACAGCAAAGUCGCCUGAGAAGAUGUUCCAAGGAUAUUUGGGCAAUAAGAAGGAGACCGAGGCCAAGAUCCUCCGCAAUGUCUUCCACAGAGGUGAUGCGUGGUUCCGUUCGGGCGAUCUGCUCAGGGCAGACGCUGAUGGCUUAUGGUACUUUGUCGACAGACUAGGAGACACCUUCAGAUGGAAAUCGGAGAACGUCUCAGCUACAGAGGUGGAAGCACAGCUCAGCAAGGUGCCAGGCGUCGCAGAGAGCGUUGUCGUUGGGUUGCAGAUCCCUAACCACGAAGGCAGGGCAGGGUUUGCCGUUCUAGAGCUCCAGGAUGGCGUCUCCACCAAACAAGUGCUGGAUCAAUUGGCACUCUCUGUUCAACUCCCACGGUAUGCCAUCCCGAUCUUUGUCAAGAUCGUGGAUUCCAUUGAGCAUUCGGAUAACCACAAGGUGUUGAAGAGGCUCUACAAAGAUCAAGCACUUCCAAAAGGCCGCAGUGGCGAUGAGUUGAUCUUCUGGCUGCAGGGGAACUCGUAUAGCGAGCUGACGUUGAAGAACUGGGGGGACAUCAUCAACGGCAAGGCAAAGAUCUAA